GUCAUGCCAUGUAGUACAGAAUGCAUUCUUAGAAAGGAUGCUGAGUCCAACCGUUGAGGAGCAUCUAAAGCAAUUGCCAUCAACAGAUCUUGUUCUGAUCUUUUAGGCAUGAUGGAUCUCAGUCACUUACACAGAGAACUUUCCUGCCAAGAUCACUUGAUCCACUUGGACAGAGAACUUCUACAGGACAUCCUGAGGUACCUUCACCGGAUUGGACUAAUCGUGUGGUAUGACUCAGUCAGCCAGCUGGAGAACACCGUGUUUCUACGUCCAGCCAUUCUGAUAACCAUAUUCAAAACUCUUGUCCGGUAUGGUCUGACGCAGCAACUGGAGAGCAUCUCGGUGGACAUCUUGAUAGGGGAACAUGCCACCAUCCGAGACCGAGCCACCUGGGUGUGGACCUUCAAAUCGAAGGCCACACUUUGCCUGAAAGCCAUGCGGGCUUUGCUCAAGCACCAGCUCUACUUGGAGGGCAUGGGGGACAUCUUUGAGGAAAUGGUGGGCAGCAGAUCCCAGAAGGGGAAGCUCUUCAGCUUGCUGGAGCACUUUGAGAUCUGCCUGGAAGUCCGAAAUGCAAAGGGACUAAAUCCCAAAGCCAGAGAAUUUGUACCUGGGCAGUCAUGGGAUACUAUGCACAGCCAGGAGGAUACGCACUACUUAUUUCCCACUUAUCUCAACUGGUCUGAGGAAGUUUCAGCAACUUGGGGAGGAGAUCACAUGGAGGACAUUCAUGUCCGCCUGUACUUUUCUCCUGAGAUCCCAGAAGGCUUUUUCCAAAGGCUCUUGGUAAAAGCUUGCUCCUUUUUCUCAACCUACUGGGUUGCAAAAGCAGUAUGUCUGCUCAUAUGCAGUGGCAAACCUUUACUGAUCAAAGCAAACAAACAAAAAGGAUACAGCUAUCUUGAACUCAGAUGCAGGAAACCAACAGAGAGACAAGGAUUCCAGUUAGUGUGGGACUUCAUCAUGACAAUAAUCUCAAUCAACAAUAAACUGUUGGAGGAGUGGCCUGGCCUCCAUCUUUGUGUGAAGGCACCUUGCCGGACAGCUGGAUGUCCUGCAGAAUUUGUCUGGCCAGAUGUGGAUGACAAAAGCACAGUGACCAAAGAAGAAAUAAAAACUUGUGGAAUUUGUGCCCAUCAGUUUAAAACGGAGCUGCUAUUCCCAAAAGUCCCAAGUGAACCAAACGUCCUUCAGGCUCCUGCACAGUAUUACAUCACCAGCUAUGGGAAUGCUGCCUUUGGGUCCAGUACCGUGCAUGUGGAGAGACAGAAUGUUAUGGACGAAUGAUAAUAGCCCCACAUGACAAGUCACCAGCCAGAAUAAUUUCUGAAGACUUGUGUGUAUACAUGCUGAACAGUUCAGAUGUUAAGUCCAAGCUAUACUUUCAUAUUUACAGUGUCCAAAUAAAAAAACUUUACACAUU